ACAUCAAAUAAAAAAAUGGCAAAUUCCAUUUCAAACGAUUCCCCUAAUCCAGUGGAAAGGGAAACCGAUGAGGUGGUUCUAAGGAGAAGGCAAAAACAGAUUAAUUUUGGAAAGAACACGCUUGCCUAUGACAGAUACAUUAAAGAAGUUCCAAAGAAUCAACGAAUACCAGGAGUUCACCCUAGAACUCCUAAUAAAUUUAAGAAGUACAGCCGAAGAUCGUGGGACCAGCAGAUCAGGCUGUGGAAGAUAGCACUGCAUGCCUGGGAUCCUCCUGAAGAAGAAACCUGGGAUCUGCAGCCAGUUAGUACAGAACCUUCAAGUAGUUCCCAAGAAUGGGUCUACAAAGAUGAGGAUGAUUCUGACUGCCCAGUGUUUGAUGAAAAGCAGAAGAGAAAUGAGUGUGAAGAUCAGUGCAAACAGACAGAUUAUGCACCAGAGAGCCCCUGUUCUCCUGAUUCUUCUCCAGUAUGGAAACGCAGAAAACGAAACAGUCCUAACCCCUUUGCAGGCUUAAAGGGCGAAAACCAUUAUGUGCAUAUGUGCCACACACUGGAAGGUCUUACUGAAUCAGGACACCAGGAAGCUUUUUCAAGGUGUUCAGAGUGGGGAACCUCAUGUGAAAGUGGUGAAAUAAUGACAAUACAGCAUGGUAUAGAAGUAAGGCUUAAACUUUGCAGCAGUUUAUUGGAAGGACAUCAGUCAGAAUACCCUGAGAGGGAAUGGGGAAAUGCAGGUGUUGAAGAUGAGAUAAUAAGGAAAAAAAUCUAAAUUGCAAGUCUUUCUUUGUAUAUAGAAGUAUCAAAGGAGAGAUUUUUCUCCUGUGAUGCAAUGAUUUGAAGGCUGGGGAUAUAUUCUGGGAUCAACAGAUCAAGC